CCUCUCCUCGCGUCCCGCAGCAGCACCCGCCGCCGCGGCCGUUCUCCAUGCGCUGCGCCCACCCGAGGAACUAGAAGUCAGCUGCGAGCGGCGCCGGACCGUGGAUGGCCUUGACUGACGGCGGCUGGUGCCUGUCGAAGCGCUUCGGGGCCGCGGGCACGGACGUCGGCGACUCCAGCGCCUUUCCUGAGCGGGACCCAUCCACGCCUCCGUCCCCCAUCUCGUCGUCGUCGUCGUCCUGCUGCUCCCGGGGCGGGGAGCGCGGCCCAGGCGGCGCCGGACCCUGCAGGACGCCGAAGCUCGACACGGAGGCCGCGGCGGGACCCCCGGCCCGCUCGCUGCUGCUCGGCCCCUACGCCUCACAUCCCUUUGGGGCUCCGCACGGACCCUCUGCGCCCGGGGUCGCGGGCCCCGGGAGCGCUCUGUCGAGCUGGGAGGACUUGCUGCUCUUCACUGACCUCGACCAGGCCGCGACCGCCAGCAAGCUGCUGUGGUCGAGCCGCAGCGCCAAGCUGAGCCCGUUCGCGCCCGAGCAGCCCGAAGAGAUGUACCAGACCCUCGCCGCGCUCUCCAGCCAGGGCCCGACCGCCUACGACGGCGCGCCCGGGGGCUUCGUGCACUCGGCGGCCGCCGCCGCCGCCGCCGCCGCCGCGGCCAGCUCGCCCGUCUACGUGCCCACGACGCGCGUGAGCUCCAUGCUGUCGGGCCUGCCCUACCUGCAGGGCGCGGGCAGCGGCGCCGCCAACCACGCGGGCGGCGCGGCCGCGCACCCCGGCUGGCCGCAGGCGGCGGCCGACAGCCCCCCGUACGGCGGCGGCGGCGGCGGCGCGGCGGGCGGCGGCGCGGCGGGGCCGGGGGGCGCGGGCUCGGCCGCCGCGCACGUCUCGGCGCGCUUCCCCUACUCGCCCAGCCCGCCCAUGGCCAACGGUGCGGCGCGGGAGGCGGCGGGCUACGCGGCGGCGGGCGGCGGGGCCGCGGCCGGGGUGAGCGGCGGCGCGGGCGGCGGCCUGGCCACCAUGGGCGGCCGCGAGCACCAGUACAGCUCGCUGUCGACGGCGCGGCCGCUCAACGGGACGUACCACCACCACCACCACCACCACCCCAGCCCCUACGCGCCCUACGUGGGGCCGCCGCUGGCGCCCGCCUGGCCCGCCGGCCCCUUCGAGCCCCCGGUGCUGCACAGCCUCCAGAGUCGCGCCGGAGCCCCACUCCCCGUGCCGCGGGGCCCCAGCGCAGAUCUGCUGGAGGACCUGCCCGAGAGUCGCGAGUGCGUGAACUGUGGCUCCAUCCAGACGCCGCUGUGGCGGCGGGACGGCACCGGCCACUACCUGUGCAACGCCUGCGGUCUCUACAGCAAGAUGAAUGGCCUUAGCAGGCCCCUCAUAAAGCCGCAGAAGCGCGUGCCUUCCUCCCGGAGGCUUGGAUUGUCCUGUGCCAACUGUCACACCACAACCACCACCUUGUGGCGCAGGAACGCUGAGGGUGAACCCGUGUGUAAUGCUUGUGGACUCUACAUGAAGCUCCAUGGGGUGCCUAGACCACUUGCAAUGAAAAAAGAGGGAAUUCAAACCAGGAAACGAAAACCUAAGAACAUAAAUAAGUCAAAGACUUGCUCUGGUAAUAGCAAUAAUUCCGUUCCUAUGACUCCAACUUCCACCUCUUCUAACUCUGAUGAUUGCAGCAAAAAUACUUCCCCUACAACACAACCUACAGCCUCAGGGGCGGGUGCCUCAGUGAUGUCUGCAGCGGGCGAGAACACUAACCCCGAGAACAGUGAGCUCAAGUACUCAGGUCAAGAUGGGCUCUACAUCGGCGUUAGCCUGGCCUCCCCGGCAGAAGUCACGUCUUCGGUGAGACAGGAUUCCUGGUGCGCCCUGGCCUUGGCCUGAGCCCUGCAGGGAGCAGAGACACCACCGGGCCUGCAGGACCUGCUCCGAUUUUGCCAACCAGUCCAUACUGGUGCCAAGAUGCUGACAGAACGUUCCUCUGACACGUGAUUUCUGUGCCUUUCUUUUGAAAAAUGUAUUUCCCAAGAGGCUCGCUCUGCCUUGCCAUCUGACUCUGAAGAGGGAGAAGAUGGAGUGCCUCCUGGGAAGCCCUGAGGGGUCACCUGCUGCCCACUCUUUGGCCAGCUCCAGCCAGCCUGCGCCACCAGGGGAGUCUAUGUGCUGAGCCGCCUCCAAGAACUGGGACUAGAACGGGGACUUGACUGCUAAGGAUUAUUGCCAGCAAUUUAAAAAAAAAAAAGAUGUUAUGUGUAUUGCCCCAAAUCAUGUACUUUUGCUCAGUUUUUGUUAUUCCAGGAUUUUCUCAUACAUUUUCCACGUCCAAAUUCCACAUACUUUCAUGGAGAAGAUCAUUCUAGGCCAUUUGGUCCACACAUACCUUUGGAGGCUGAGUUGGUUCCUGAGGUCUUGUCAACCAGCUCUCAAGUUUGCGAGACUGCAUUUUAACUCCACACUGUGACUGAUGCUUCUCAAAGUUCGCAUUAUGAGACUGAUCGGGAGUCGGUCGGAAUUUGUAAACAGGGUAGCAAACAAGAUAUUUUUCUUCCAUGUAUACAAUAAUUUUUUUAAAAAGUGCAAUUUGCGUUGCAGCAAUCAGUGUUAAAUCAUUUGCAUAAGAUUUAACAACAUUUUUUAUAAUGAAUGUAGACAUUUUAACUUAAUGGUACUUAAAUAAUUUAAAAGAAAAAUGUUAACUUAGACAUUCUUAGCUUCUCUUACAGCUACAUCCCAUUUCUAUAUUUCCAAUUGUUAGAGAAAAUAUUUCAAGAACAAAUCUUCUCUCAGGAAAAUUGCCUUUAUCCAUUUGUUAAGAAUUUUUAUACAAGGACACCAAUAUCUCCCCUUUAUUUGACUGUGGAAUAUGUGCUGGAAAAAUUGCAACAAAACUUUACUACCUAACAGACAA